UUCAAAAUGGUUGAAAUGAAUGGGAAUUUCGCAAUGGCAUUUCGUUAGUUGAUCAAUAUUUGAAAUAGUUGGUUUUCAUGACGGGGAAACUACCGAGGAUGUUUAAUGAGCCUGGUCGUAAGCGCAGUUGGAUUGACUUAAUCUCAACUGUAAAGACAUCGCGUAGUUUGCAUAGUCGAAGAUCGAUUCGGACGCCAAAUAAUUUCACUUUCAGCGACUCUAAACUCUACUUCUUGGCUUUGCCUGAAAACCGAAGUGAAUACACGUUGUUUUACGUGGAUUUAAGACAAGGCAAGAAUGGAAACGGGACUGCAGGUCAUGUGGCAAUUCCUACAUGGCAUUUGUUACUAGAUUUAGAUAGUCUUGGGCCUUUUCAAGGCUUCUCUCGUGAAGAACAACUCUUGAGAGCGAAAAGAAUGGGAAGUUUUGGUAUUACGUCUUAUGAGUAUGACAAGAACUCUAGGAGUAUAUUAUUUCCUGCUUGCAGUAGUCUAUACAUGUGUAAAGAUCAUGUUCUUCCAUCUAAUCCUGGUGAUUCCAAUGUUCCACUUGUUCCUGGUGAAGUAAGAAGCCAAAUAAAAGAAUCAAGAAUGGAUCCUAAAUUAUCCCCUGCUAAUCCCAAUGUGAUAGCAUUUAUCCAUCACAAAGAUGUAUGGGUGAGCAAUGUGAACACAGGUUGUGAAAAGCGUCUAACAUGGACACAUUCUGGGCUGCCACAGAAUACCGGGGUAGAAGAGGCAAUUUCAGCUGGAGUACCAUCGUUUGUUGUUCAGGAAGAAUUUGAUCGCUAUACUGGAUAUUGGUGGCAGCCAAUUGUUGAAAAUAACAAUAGGUUUUGUAUUUUAUAUGAAGAGGUCGAUGAAAGUGAAGUGGAAAUUUUGACUAUGACACCGAGCAUGGAAGCCACAGCUCCUGCUACUGUUGAAUCAUAUAGAUAUCCUAGAGCAGGUACACAGAAUGCAAUUUCAUGUUUAAAGUUGGUUGAGUUCACACUUAAUGACAAUGGAAAGUUCAAUGAGGAAACAACUAUUUAUAACUUAAAAGUAUCUUUACAUGAGGUCUUUCCAUGGCUAGAGUAUAUUGUUCGUUGUGGUUGGCUACCAGAUGGAAAAAGUAUUUGGGCUCAACUUCUGGACAGAGCUCAACAACGUCUUGCUCUUAUAGUAAUUCCAUUGUCUAUCUUUGUUCCUCAACAAUCUGAAGCCAGUAUGGAUUAUGAUGAAGCCGUGAGUCCCCAGGAGACCAUAAAGAUCAUUAUCAACGAAUCAACAGAUGUUUGGAUAAAUGUUUGUGAUAUUUUACACUUCUUUAUGUCACCACCUGGUCAAUCCCAUCUUAUCAAAUUUAUUUGGACAAGCGAGAUGUCAGGAUUUCGUCAUCUUUAUUUUGUCAAUGUUGACUGUAGCCAUGGAAACCAUACAAAUGGCGUUGUUAGUGAACACAGAGCAUCAUUUCGUCAGUUCACGUCCGGGAAUUGGGAGGUUGAUGGUAAUAAGUUAUGGCUGGACGAGAGGAAAGGUGUUGUGUAUUUCAUGGGAACCCGAGACAAAUCUGUUGAACAACAUCUUUAUGCUGCAUGGUACUUAUCUCCUUCACGAAAACCCGAACGUCUUACCAAAAUUGGUUUUCAUCAUAAUGUUACAAUGAAUGAGGACUGUAGUCUAUUCGUGAGUGUGUAUUCUUCUGUUAAAGAUCUUCCUUCAGUAACGGUUUAUGCCAUCAAUCAUAGUAAAGGAUUGUUGACAUUUACCCCAAGUAUAAUGGCAACUCCUUGCUUUCAUAUUAAAGCACCAGGUCAACAAAACGAAUCUCUCUGUCCCGAGUUGAUAAGUUUCAAAAGUCCUAAACAUGGUCAUGUUGUUCAUGGUAUGAUUUUUAAACCUCCUGGUGAUUUUGAUGUAGCACAGAAAUAUCCCACCGUUUUGUUUGUUUAUGGUGGACCUUCGGUACAGAUUGUGACAAACUCUCACAAAGGUAUACAGUUUCUACGUUUACAAACAAUUGCUAUGGCCGGUUAUCUUGUCGUUGCUUUUGAUUGUCGUGGUUCCUUUCAUCGUGGAAAGGAGUUUGAAGGUCAUCUCAAGAAUAAUCUUGGAUGUGUUGAAAUAGAAGAUCAAGUGGAAGCACUACAUCAUGUUGCCAAGACAACCCAUAAGUACAUUGAUUUGAGUCGAGUUGCUAUUCAUGGCUGGUCUUACGGUGGUUAUUUAUCGUUGCAAGGCCUGGCUCAGCGACCUGACGUUUUUAAGGUUGCUGUAGCUGGUGCUCCUGUCACAGAUUGGGAAGCCUAUGAUACCGGUUAUACAGAACGUUACAUGAACACGCCGCAGACCAACCCUAACGCAUAUUCACGGAGUUCUGUCCUUAAUAGAGUUAAGGAUUUUCCCGAUCAAGAAAAUCGUCUGUUGAUUGUUCAUGGUUUGAUUGAUGAAAAUGUUCAUUUUCAUCACACAAGUUCAUUGAUUGAUCGUCUUAUUCGAGGGAAACCAUAUCGUCUUCAGAUAUAUCCUAGUGAACGUCAUGGAAUACGACAACCGGGGGCGUCGGAACAUUACGAAGCGACUGUUUUAUCUUUUCUCGAGCAUAAUUUAUGACCGGGGGGGGUGGAUUUUCAAAGAACUACAAAUGGGUUCGUUGCAAGUAAUAUGAAUUCCUUGGAUCAUGAGAGAAAGUGUAUUUUUUUAAAUGUAGAAUUUUUAUGAUGAACUUCACGUCAUCUCAAAUGGAUUUUAACGAACUUGUAAAUAAAUAAACAAAACUUAAAGAUUAUUUUGUCUAGAGACAUAUUUAGAUAGGGAAACAAGUUAUGUGCAGUAUGGUUCGCGUUCUAGACAGUGGAUGAUAGUGGAAUGGAAAAAAUGAAAAUUCAUAAUUAUGUUGUAGUAUCAAUUCUCUUAUUUGUAAAUAAAAGGAUAAAAGGGUGGGUGUUA